UCCGGGCCCUGAGCCCCGGGGCCGGGGUUCCCGAGGCCUCCCGGGGCGCUCGACCAGCUCUGUGUCUGCAGGCGCUGUGCAGCCUGGGGGGCUGGCUCUCGCUCUACAUUUCUUUCUGUCGCCUGAAUAAUCACCGAAGCUAUGAGUGGAGCUGCCGGCUGGUUACGUUCACCCACGGAGUCCUCUCGAUAGGUCUCUCAGCUUAUAUUGGCUUCAUUGAUGGCCCUUGGCCUUUUACCCACCCAGGCUCACCCAAUACACCUCUCCAAGUGCACGUUCUGUGUUUCACCUUGGGCUACUUUAUCUUCGACUUGGGCUGGUGCAUCUACUUCCAGUCUGAGGGGGCCCUGAUGCUGGCUCACCACACACUGAGUAUCUUGGGCAUCAUCAUGGCCCUGGUGCUUGGAGAGUCAGGCACAGAGGUCAAUGCAGUCCUCUUUGGAAGCGAGAUUACCAAUCCCUUGCUACAGAUGCGCUGGUUUCUUCGUGAAACAGGCCAUUACCAUAGUUUCACUGGAGACGUGGUGGAUUUCCUCUUUGCAGCUCUGUUCACUGGAGUGAGGAUUGGCGUAGGAGCUUACCUCCUCUUCUGUGAAAUGGUCUCACCCAAGCCCAAGUGGUUUGUGAAGGUCGGGGGAGUUGCGAUGUAUGCUGUGUCUUGGUGUUUCAUGUUUAGCAUCUGGCGUUUUGCAUGGAGGAAAAGCAGCAAGAAGUACCACACCUGGAGAAGCAGGCGGAGUGAGGAGCGGCAGGUAAAACACAAUGGACAUCUCAAGACUCACUAGCCAAGGCUUGCUCCAGACAAUGGGUUGGGUUAAGUCAGCCACGGGAACCAGGCUGGAGAUAUGGCUGUUACAGAAUCCUGCUUAUGACAAGCUUAGGUUUCUAAAAAGGGCUAAAUUUAUCCAUCCGUUUGGUCAGUCUUGGAGCAGAACACAUCCCAGUAUUAAAACACUAACUUCUGCAGCUGUGCAGUUGUAGAAAGUGAGACUACCAGCAGUAGUUGUAAGUCAGAACUGUGAGGGGAGCAUGCUGCAUUCCUUUUAAGUUGUGGUGACCCUGUGGCUCCUUUGUCUCUGGGAGGCUUGAUGAUCAGACAGCCUAGAAAGGAACUCAAAAAGCAUUAGUGCUGUUUCUUCCUUAUUCCUUUGAGAAGUGACUCCUUCAACAAAUACUUAUUCCUACUUUCUGUGUAGCAGCUUAAAGAAAUGCACCUCAUUUACUACAAAGUGAGG